AUGUAUAUGGCUUCUAAAUAGAAAUUAAUAAAAUUAUCAGCAAUGUUAGAAUAAUGGAUAAAAACUACAUAUUUGUUAAAUUAGCAGCUAAAAUGCCCUAAUGUGGUGUAAUAUUUAGUUUUCAGUUUAGCAUUAUUUUAGCCUUAUUAUUUUAGAAAAUAAAAGGAAGUUGAGGAAAAUAUUAUCUACAAACUUCUUUAAAUAUUUAUAAGGCCGGAUAUCAUAAUUAUCCAUAAUGGAUACUUUCAUGGUGAAUUUUACAUCAUUUUAUUGAUCAUAUGGAUUAUUCAAAAAUUAUUAUUCAUUCUGAUUUGUUUGCUUAACUCUUAUUAUGAGACAUACUUUAAAAAAUUAUUAUAAUAGGAUCUAUUCUUAUAUGGACUUUAAAUAAUUGCCUAUUAUUAAUGUUUUUUAGGAAUCUAUUUGAUUUUACCAAUAUCUAGGAUAUUUUUAUUUGCUUUUUACUAAUCAGUCUAGGAAAUACAAGAAGGUAUUCCUUCAUCAACGUUAAAAUCUUUUCUUUGCUUACUUGGGUAAUUGAUGUACACAAUUGACAUAAUAUAUUUUAUGAAAAUCGAUCAUCAUCCAACUACUUAUAAGACAAUUAAAUGCAAAUAGUUUUAAAUUUCGAAUUUUGAUUAUUAUAUACUUAAAUUUAGAUUGCUCUAAGUCAUCAUUGCAGAUUAAAACGAAGCCCUAUAUUUACAAUAAAUUGAAUAAAUUACUAUAAUACUAAUAGCUGUGCUAUAAAUAAUUAAUUAAAUCAGAAAUUGUGGCUUUAUCUACGAAGCCCAAAAAAAGAUAUUCUUAAGUUGUUAAGCUUUCUUAAUAAUGAGUGGAAUAGUGGUGUAGAUCAACAGGAUAUUUAGUUAUUGUUUUUUAUAACAAUUCCAUCAAUAAUAUAUAUUUUAUAUAAGUUUUAAGACUAUAUUUCUACAUAAAAGUAAAGAUUUUAAAUAGAUGGUUGAUUUAAAUAUCAAUUAAAUUCUUUAUUAAUUGGUGAGAAUAUUAAAUAAUUGUGAUUGUGGCCCAAAUUAUAAGAAUUUUAAGCAAUCUUUAAUUUACUUUCACCAUAAAAAAAAAUGUAAAACAGCAUCUUGUGUCUGUGAACUCGACUAUUUCAUAACUGAAAGUACGUAAAUCAAUGCUACGACAAGCUUAAUGAUAAAUAAUUUUAUGAAAUCUCAAUAUAAGCAGCUCAUUAAGAAAUUGUUUUUAGUUAAAAUGAAAAACUAAGUGAAGUAGGAUUUAUUAAUAUCUACAGCAAUACUUCUCCAUGAUUUCAAUUAGAUGAUGGUUUCAUUACAAAUUCUUAGUUAAUUAAAAAAGUCAAAAGAGAAUAAAAUAUUUAAUGUUUCAUUCCUAUAUCACUUCAUGAAUUAGAAAGAUUAUAAGGAGAAUGAAUAAACCAAAAUCAGAAUAAUGCUUUCAACUAUUGAAUAGAUCUAGAUAAACCUAGUUUUAUAAUAAUCAAGGAUUAAAUUUGAGGCUAAUUUAGGAACAUCCCUUAGGGCAGCAAGCCAAACUUUGAUAAGAUAAUAUUUAAAUGAAUUCCUAAUAAGUUAAACUAAUUAGCAAGAACUUAUUCUUGGUAUGAAAGAAUGCGUAAGGUUAAAGAUUUAGUUUUAUGAAAUAUUGGAUUCAGACUCUGGAUUUACAUUUAACUAACUUUAUAAAAAGGUUAAAGAAACUUCAAAAUAUUUGUUGAAAAUAGAAAAAUAAUUUAAUUCUCUAUUUACUUUAAGUCCAGACUUAUAAUUACAAUAGGCCUACUGUUUUUUUGAGGCAUAAAUUAUGAACAAUUUGCUUGCAGCUUUUAAUAUCAAACAAUCAGAAGUAAACUUAAAGGAAAGUUAAAUAAAAUACAGAGGUAUUAAGGGUUUAAACUUGACUGCUGAUGUCAACUCAUAUAUUCUUUUAUCGGUAGAUGAAAAUUUUAGAACUUUUAGCAUCAUCUAAUCUUCUCAUAAUUUUUUUAGAUUAUUUGGAAUGUAUUUUGAUUUGACAACUUAUGGUUUUAAUGACAUUAUUCCUUAAUUUUAUAUUAAAUAACAUGAGAAUUCUGUUUAGAAUUUUUUUCAUUCUGGAUAGAAUAAGUUUUAUAGAAAUUUUAAUUACACAUUCAUAAAAACCCAUAAUGGAUUGUUAAAAUAAGUGAGUUUAUGCAUAGAUAACACAUAGAUUUUUAAACUCGAUAAAUUUAUAUUUGUGUGUCUUCUUCAAAGCGUAAAUACUGAACUUCCAAUUUUAGUAGUGGAUGCUUAAACAUAAAUAGUUUAUUUUACACCCAAAACUCUAUAAGCAUUUGGAAUAAAUGAGAAAUAACAAAAAUAAUUUAUUGAGGAUGGUGUAUUGCACUAGAUUGGAAUAUAAACCAUUAUUCCUUAUUAUAAUAUGAUGAUUAAAGCAGAAGUUAAUACCGAUAUAAUAACAACGUUUUGUUUCUUUCUUAAACCUUAGUAUAAUUAAGAAUCAAUAUUGACAUAAUCAAGUAUUAGAAAAGAUUCAAAUUUCUUUAUUUGGAAAAAUAAAGAAAAUAUCAAUUGUUUUAGUAUUGAAAUCAAAGUAGAAAAAGUGAAUCUUCAACUUGCUUGUUACUAUUAACUAGAAUUUAUCUCAUUGAAAUAAAUUUUAAGCCAUGAUGAGCGAAAGAAAGUGCUUGAACUUUACAAGCCUUGUUUAGGAGAGAGUACAACUAGCAAGGGAUCAAAAUGGAAAGGAAAGCAUCUGAAGAUUCUGAGCGUAUUGUCAUUUCGAUAAGAAAGAAAAAAAAACACUCUCAAGUUAUAAGACUCAAAUUUAAAAUAAAGCAUCAUGGUUAAUUAGAAUUAAGGAUAAUCAAAAAAUUUGAACUAAUCUUCAUUUAUACAAUAAAAUCAAAGUCAAUCAAAUUUAUUAAGUAGUAAAGCUCGAAAUGAAUAAGAGUUUUAUAAAUCAUUUAAUAAAUCAUUUGUUGAGAGUGAUAUAUAAAAUAGUUAAUUAGAUAGGGAAGAGCAUUCACCUGAAAAGAAAAAGAAUAAAGAUGGAAAAGCAUCUAAAGCAAAUAAUCAAUAAUUAGAAAGGAUAGGACAAUAAUCAUCUAGUGUUGCAGGGUUUUAUAAACCUUUUUUUUAUAAUAGAUAUUAUUUAAUUGAAAAAAUGAGUGGGAAAAAAAAUCCUAAGAAAAUAGAUUCUUUUCUAUUUUUUUUUAUUGGAUAGAGCUUAAUUUUUUUUAUUUUUUCAUUUUUAGUUAUGAUUAAUAUGACAUCUGAUAUGACACUUAUAAUAGAUAAUAUUGAAAUGGGAUCAUUGCACGCUAGUAUUAUGGGACCUCAUGAUUUAUUUUUUUCAAUGAGGAUUACUGUAUCUUCUUAUUAAUAGAUGUAGAGAGAAGGCUUUUUAACUCAAAAUUAAAUGGUUUAAUUAACUGAACCUUUUUAUACGAAUAUACGAUCGGGAUAUUUGGAAUUGAAAGAUAGCUUCUAUAAAUAAUUAAGAAAUGUGUAUUUACAAGAAUUUUUUUCUGAUAUUGUUUUAAAUCUAAGAUUUAUGAAUGAAAAUGAAAAAGAAUUACAAAAUAUGUCAACCAGCUUUAGAGAAUCACUUUUAACCAUUUUAUAAUAUUAAUAUGCUCAUAUGAGGAUUAUUGAAUAGAGAUAAAGUACAUCUGGUAAACCCUGUUAAAUAUUUUUGAUGGCAAAUUAUUUUCUAUUUCAUGAAAAAGUAGAACUUAUAACUCAAGAAAUCUAAGGGUGGCUUAUUGAUACGAAAGAUACGAUUGAUAAUAAAGGGAAAAUAUUUUGGAUUAUACUUCAAUUAUUAUUGAUAGUUUUUGGUUUCAUUGGACUAUUUAACUUUAAUUUGUACAUUAAGUAUUACGAUCAAUUUUUAUUAAUUUUUAAUGAAUUUAAUAAAUAAUUAAUUUAUGACUAAUUAAAUAGAUACGAUUUAAUACACUAAUAAUUGUAAUCAAAUUCAGAUGACAUAAUGAGAUAUAACUUUGAAUUAGAAUUAUAUGAGCACGAAAAAACCUAAUCUUAAUAUGGUAGAGGUAAAGUUCAUCAUUUUAAGUUACUGAACAGAAAUAGAUAACAUUUGUCAAGAUUUCAUGUUUAUUCCAUAAUAGUAUUUAUCACUGUAGUUUAUUUGGUCUACACAAGUGUAAUUUACUACAAAUAGGAAACAUUUUUAUCAAAAUAUAAUGACACUAUCACAUUGUAUAAAAUAAUUCAAGAUCUUAAAUUAAAGAGUGGAAAAAUCAGUCUUAGAUGGGAUAACUUCACUUUUUUAACAUAAGGUGAAAGAGAUAUUUUAUAUUAGUACAUUGACUAGUCACAUAAAAUAAUAGCUUAAUAUAUUAUUUUAUCCUCAACCUUUGAUUCAUCUUAAUAUUUGGUGGGGAGCAAAUUUGAAGAUAAAUUUAUGAAUAUUUAGAAAAAUAAUAUUUGCCUUGAGAUUUUAGAUUAAUUGGAAGAAUAUAUGCUAUUAUAUUGUGAUAAGUCCUUCGAAGGCACAUUAUCAAAAGGGUUAAUAGAGGCUUUAAAUUACAUUACAAACUCAAUAAAAACUUAAUAGUAGAUUAAUAACUUCACCAAGAGAGUAGAAAUUUAACUAUAUGAGUAAGAAGGAUCUUAGAUUGUCACUCGAUCAUUUUUUGGAUUAUCAAAUUUAUUUUUGCAAAGUGUGAAAGACACUUGCAAUGAAUUAAAUAAUUUUUUAAUUUAUUUCUCUCUAAUUUAUAUGCUUGUAUCUGCUUUUCUAAUUAUUUUCAUAAAGUAACUAUAUAGAUAAUAUUUAAUAAAUGAAUACCACUAAAUCAGAUAGUCCUUAUUUUUGAUACCGAAAGAGUCAAUUCUAUAUGACGAAUCUUUGGAAAGAUAUCUCAGAGAAAUAGCACUUCAUUAAGGUUUAAUUUGA